GCGCGGAGAUCAUGUUGACUUGCCAGGUUAGCGAUUAUCAGCGAACGAGGAAAGCGCGCUUCGGCGCCAGUUGGAAUGGAUUGUAAGUUGGAAGUCAGUUGAAGCUUGCCACUGACAGCGCAAAGUACGCGUGUUGAUUAAACAAAGUUAUUUUAUUGUAGUGCGCACUUAGAAAACUUAAAAAGUACACAGUAGUAUGCCAGAUAGCGAAGAGGAGAAACUGUGUUUCCAUGGCGUCUGGGUUUGGCUGCUGCCAGCCAUUUUCAUUGCCGUCGCCGUGUUGUUUUUCUUGUGGCUGCUGCGCAAGUGCAUACAGGGUCCGCGUUAUCGCAAGGCGAAUCGCAUCGAUGGCAAGGUAGUCAUUGUGACGGGCUGCAAUACAGGCAUCGGCAAGGCAACUGCUCUGGAGCUGGCGCGGCGAGGCGGUCGCAUUUACAUGGCCUGCCGCGAUGCGGUGCGCUGUGAGGCCGCGCGUCUGGAGAUCGUAGAGCGCACGGGAAAUCAGCAUGUCUACAAUCGCACACUGGAUCUGGCAUCGCUGGAUUCGGUGCGUCAAUUCGCCGCGCGAUUUCUCGCCGAGGAGCAGCGCUUGGACAUUUUGGUGAAUAACGCUGGCAUCAUGGCCACGCCGCGCAAGCUCACCGCUGACGGCUACGAACAACAGUUGGGUGUCAACCAUCUGGGCCACUUUUUGCUGACAAACCUGCUGCUGGAGCGCUUGAAAGCCUGCGCGCCCAGCCGCAUUGUGGUUGUGAGCUCAGCCAUGUACAUCUUUGGGCGUAUCAAACGCAAUGACCUGAAUAGCGAGCGCAGCUAUUCGAGCUUCUUUGGCGCCUAUUCACAAAGCAAGCUGGCGAAUGUGUUGUUUACGCGCAAGUUGGCUGAGCUGCUGGAAGGCACUGGCGUUACGGUGAAUUGUUGUCAUCCAGGUGUGGUGCGCACUGAGUUGGUGCGGCACAUUAAGUUCCCAGGCUUUGGGUUGUUGCACUAUUUGGUGAAGUUCUUGUGGAAGUCGCCGGAGGAAGGCGCACAGACGCAGCUGCGCUUGGCGCUCGAUCCGGCGUUGGAGAACUCCACAGGCGGCUAUUACAGCGACUCGAUGCGUUUUCCGCUGCUGCCGUGGGCGAAGUGUAGCGCAACAGCGGACUGGCUGUGGGAGGAGAGCGAAAAACUGGUGGGACUGAAGGUGGGAGGAAAAAGUAAUGAAAUGGAAUCGGUGACGGUGGCGGUUGCGGUGAAUGGCGUGCAGCCUUAAUGAGCUUUGGAUUUUUUUACUAUUUAGAAAGAUUGGUGAAUCAAAAUAAAUGCUUUACAAAUAUUUUCUAUAAAAAAGGGAAUUGAUUGUGAAAAAUGUAGCGAGAGGAAUGACAGCUGCUGCUCUCUA